CUUUCUCUCACACCUGCAUUAAUUCUUGACUGCUUCUUACAAUCUCUUCACAUUUCCAUUUUCAGCGUGUGACAAAGAUGACCAACUGAAUUCUUUAUUUUCAUCUAUUCUAUUCUUCCCCUUUGAAUGUUCUUUCUAUUCAGCCCUUCAAAUUUGGAGACCUGACUGGUUUUUCUUCCCUCUCCUAAUCAAACAAACAAUCAAUAUAUGUAUUAUAACUUACUAUUUAUCAAUUAAAAUUCCCAACCUAAAUUGCAGCUGGAACAAUCCUCUAUCAUUCAUUCAGAUUCCUAUUCUAAUUCCUAUUCAUAUUCCACUUCCUCGCUUUAAUCAAUCAUCAUCAUCAUCAUCUUCUUCUUCUUCUUCUUCUUCUGUUUCGCUUGUUUUGGCAGCAAUUUCUGGACUCUAAUCACCCACCAAUUAUGAUGAUGUUUGCCAUCAUCAAUUUCAUUGGUGUUCCCUUCUUCUCCAUCAUAUUCUUGAUCAUAGCUCUGAAAUUCUUGGCCAAAACAAGCUUAUUCCAUUGCCUCAAGAAGCUAUGGCGUGCAGUCGAAGACAAAUGCUAUGUUCACCAGGUCUACAGGGUCCCCAAAUUCAACCACAACAUGCAGGAGAAUCAGCUCUACCGAAAGGUUUUCUCCUACCUCAAUUCCCUGCCGUCCCUCGAAGAUUCUGAUUUCGCCAAUCUCUGCUCCGGCUCCAAGUCCACUGAAAUCAAUCUCACUUUGGAUGAGAAUCAGGCAAUCACCGAUAAAUUCCUCGGCGCCGCCGUCAGCUGGAAAGUGGACGGCGGCGAAAAGUCGCUUGUUCUGAAGAUCAGGAAGAACCAGAAACGGAGGAUUUUGGUGCCUUACUUGCAGCAUAUCCAUCAAACUUACGAGGAGUUGGAGCAGAAGAGGAAAGAGGUUAGGCUGUUCGUCAACGUGGAGAACCAAGUCGAGAAAAAUGGAAGGUGGAGGUCGACGCCGUUCACGCAUCCAGCAACGAUGGAGACCGUCGUCAUGGACGCCGAUCUGAAAUCGAAAAUCAAAUCCGAUUUGGAGAAUUUCUCCAAGUCGAGGCAGUACUACCACCGAUUAGGUCGCGUAUGGAAGAGAAGCUACUUGCUAUACGGUCCCCCAGGCACCGGCAAAUCAACCUUCAUAUCUGCCAUGGCGAAGCUUCUCGGCUACGACAUCUACGAAAUCAACCUGCACAAAGUGCAGAGCGACGCCGACCUCAAGUACCUCCUCCUCCAAACCACAACCAAAUCGGUGCUAGUAAUCGAGGAUCUAGACCGUUACCUGGACGCAAAAUCCACAACAACGGCAGUGAGCACGUCAGGAAUCCUCAACUUUAUGGACGGAAUCUUCUCCUGCUGCGGAGAAGAGCGGGUGAUGGUAUUCACCAUGAACAGCAAAGAAAACGUGUGCGCGUCGGUGCUCCGGCCGGGGAGAAUCGACGUCCACAUCAACUUCCCACUCUGCGAUUUCAGCGCCUUCAAAACCCUCGCCGGCAGCCAUCUCGGCGUGAAGGAGCACAAACUGUUCCCCCAAGUGGAAGAAAUGUUCCAAACCGGGGCGACCCUAAGCCCCGCCGAGAUUUGCGAGAUAAUGAUAUCGAAUCGGGCCUCCCCGACCCGCGCCUUGAAAACGGUAAUCACCGCGAUGCAGGGUAACCUCGCCUCCCGGGUGGGUCGGAGGCUGCUAAGUGGAUCCGGGUCGGGUCGAGGCUCAGGCGAUGAGGAGCCGCCGGAGGAACCGCACGCCGGCACCGGCAAUGGAAUUCAUCCCAUGAAAGAGAUAAAGAAUCUGUACGGACUGUUCAGGGCAAGGAGCGGGAGGAAGGCAUCAAUGGACAAAUUCGACGUCGUCGUCGUCGACCCCAGCGAGAAAGAGAAUAGUAGUAAUCAUAAUAAUAGUAAUUCAGCCUCAAACCAUUGAUAGUUAUGAUUAAACUUGCCCAAACUGUUCAAAUCAUCCGUUACGAUUUGUCAAAAUAUCAAAUUAAAAUAGAAUUUGAAUGACUUAUGAUUUAACGAUUUUGAUUACGAUUUAGCCGGUUUAUA